AUGGAGUAUACGCUAGUGCAGAACGCUCCAAGAGCCCAAGGACAUCCUAAGAUCAGUAUGUCUCAGAAGAUGUGCAUCAGACUGAUGAUGAUGGCAGCAAUGGCAGUGGUUCUGGAGGGGAAGAAGAUGCCAGGCAUAGUGAUAAGGAUCUCCCAGAAAGGCCUAGACCAUGUUUCAAAGCAAGGAACAGAGUUAAUACAGAAGGAGCUGCUGAAGAUCCCUUUGCUAAUUCAAAUGGGACUAGGGGAUUAUGAACUCAUCAGAAUGAUGAUCAGUAAGUUCGUGUUGCAAAAAUCCCAUAUUAGUGCAGUUCCUAAAGGCUUUCUUUUGUCCAUGACUGAUGGUUUGAUCAUCAUCAAUGGAAAGUGGACCAAUGAGAAGGCCAAAAAUAAUCAUAUCCCUUUUGACCUGAAACUGGAUGGUGUCUCCAUCAGAGUCACCUUUAAACUGGGAAAGAACAAUAAAGACCAAAUGUCUAUUUCUGUCUUGUCAUGCAUCAUCCACAUCGGCAGCGUUAAUAUAUUCACCUCAACCAACCAAAGUUUGCUGAGAGACGUGUAUGAGAAAAAUUUCCAGACAAUGUUACAUAAAAACAUGUUCCAAAAGAUCUGUAGUAAGAUAAAAACCUUGACAGCCUUCUCUGUGGAACCCUACCUCCACACUGUGCCAGUGAAAGUCAACUUGGAUGAAAUUGCUGGAAUUGAUUAUUCCCUGAUAGAGCCUCCAAAAUUCAAGGGCCAUCACCUGGACAUUCCUCUGAAGGGUCAAUUUUUCAGCUUGACUCAUCAUCAUACUCCAUACCCCUUUCAUCCUUCUGCUGUGGAUUUCCGUAACAGCCAACUACAGAUGGUCUUUAUUGGGGUCUCAAAUUCCUUCUUUGACUCAGCCAACCAUGUUUACAAAAAUGCCGGAAUCAAAUCCCUCCAAAUGAAUAGUUCCAUGGUCCCAAAGGACUCCAAAUACAUUUUGUCGACUGACUACUAUGGAAUUCUGAUUCCUCAGCUGUCCAAGGACUUCCCCAGCAUGGCAAUGAAAAUUGUCGUCGACUUUCCCGCCUCUGUACCAACCAUCUUCAUUGACUCUAGAACAAAACUGAGCCUCAUGUCUUCACUUUCAACCCAUGUCUUUGCAAUUUUCUCCAACUCUUCUGAGACCUUACUCUUUACACUGCGACUGAAAACAAUUGUUACCCUUUAUAUUAAAGUGAAGUCUGGCACCAUUUUGGGGCGCAUGACAUUGGAAAGCCUCGAUGUGGAAUUGGAGCAAUCAUAUAUUGGCCAUUUCCAGGUAUCCCUGAUGCAGGACCCUUUUGCUUAUUAUAUAUCCAAAGUUUGGCUCCCUAUAAUGAAUGAGAGGCUGGAGCAAGGCUAUCCUCUACCAGUACCGACUAACCUCCACUUCUCCGACUACAUUGUAUAUCCUCAUAAGGUCAGUGAAUGCCUUUUGUAG